UAAUUUUGCAUAUAUAAAGGGGCCUUUCCAUUCUCCACCAUCACACCUAAAACACAUUCAUUUGCUUGUCCCAUUUCUUCGCGUUUUUUUGUUUUUCUCUCCCAAAUAGUUUCCCCCUUUUUCACCCCAUUGGCUCAUUUUGCUCUGUUUCGUUAGAGUUGAAAUUUCCAAAACCAAUUUCCAUCUGCAAUGGCGGAACGUGUUCUUACUCGCGUCCACAGCCUCCGCGAGCGCUUGGACGCCACUCUCGCUGCUCACCGCAACGAGAUUCUCCAGUUCCUAUCAAGGAUCGAAGGCCACGGGAAGGGGAUUCUGAAGCCUCAUCAGCUUGUGGCAGAGUUCGAAGCGAUCUGCCCCGCUGACAAGGCUAAGCUGCAGGAUCACGCCUUCAAGGAGCUCCUCAAGAGCACCCAGGAGGCCAUCGUGCUGCCUCCGUGGGUCGCUCUUGCCAUCCGGCUGAGGCCGGGCGUCUGGGAGUACGUCCGCGUCAAUGUCAACGCUCUCGUCAUCGAGGAGCUCACCGUCCCUGAGUAUCUCCACUUCAAGGAGGAGCUUGUUAACGGAACUGCUAAUGGAAACUUUGUGCUGGAGCUGGAUUUCGCGCCGUUCACUGCCUCGUUCCCAAAGCCGACGCUGACGAAGUCGAUCGGGAACGGGGUUGAGUUUCUGAACCGGCAUCUGUCGGCGAAGAUGUUCCACGAUAAGGAGAGCAUGACGCCUCUCCUUGACUUCCUCCGUAUGCAUAACUACAAGGGGAGGACCAUCAUGCUUAAUGACAGGAUUAGGAAUCUGGAUGCUCUGCAAAGAGUUCUGAGGAAGGCUGAGGAGUAUCUCUCCACCCUUCCUCCGGAGACCGUUUUCGAUGACUUUGAGCACAAGUUUCAGGAGAUCGGUCUGGAGAGAGGGUGGGGGGACACCGCGGAGCGUGUCUCGGAGAUGAUCUCCAUGCUGUUGGACCUCCUCGAGGCCCCGGAUUCGUGCACUCUGGAGAAGUUUCUAGGGCGGAUUCCGAUGGUCUUCAAUGUUGUCAUUCUCUCGCCUCACGGAUACUUUGCUCAAGAGAACGUCUUAGGUUAUCCCGACACCGGUGGCCAGGUCGUCUACAUCUUGGAUCAAGUCCCCGCCUUGGAGCGCGAGAUGAUGAAGAGGAUCAAGGAGCAAGGCCUCGACAUCACCCCGCGAAUCCUCAUUGUGACUCGAUUGCUACCGGAUGCGGUAGGGACGACAUGUGGGCAGCGUCUGGAGAAGGUGUUUGGAGCAGAGCACUCGCAUAUUCUGCGAGUCCCCUUCAGAACAGAGAAGGGCAUUGUUCGCAAAUGGAUCUCCCGUUUCGAGGUCUGGCCCUACAUGGAGACCUUCACCGAGGAUGUCGCGAAAGAAAUGGCCGUCGAAUUGCAAGGCAAGCCUGAUCUCAUCAUCGGAAACUAUAGCGAGGGAAACCUCGCCGCCUCCUUGCUGGCUCACAAAUUAGGAGUCACACAGUGUACAAUUGCUCAUGCUUUGGAGAAAACCAAAUACCCUGAUUCCGACAUCUACCUUAAGAAUUUCGAUGACAAGUACCACUUCUCAUGCCAGUUUACUGCUGAUCUCUAUGCAAUGAACCAUACUGACUUCAUCAUCACCAGCACCUUCCAAGAGAUUGCUGGAAACAAGGACACAGUUGGCCAAUACGAGAGUCACAUGGCCUUCACCAUGCCCGGGCUCUACCGUGUCGUCCAUGGGAUUGACGUGUUCGACCCCAAGUUCAACAUUGUUUCCCCCGGUGCUGACACCAGCGUCUACUUCCCGUACACAGACAAGAAGAGGAGGCUCACCGCCUUCCACCCGGAGAUUGAGGAGCUUCUCUUCAGCCAAGUUGAAAACGACGAGCAUCUAUGUGUGUUGAAAGACAAGGAGAAGCCAAUCAUCUUUACCAUGGCGAGAUUGGACCGGGUGAAGAACUUGACCGGUCUGGUCGAGUUGUAUGCCAAGAACCCGAAGCUGAGGGAGUUGGCGAAUCUCGUUGUGGUUGGAGGUGACAGGAGGAAGGAAUCGAAGGAUUUGGAGGAGCAGGCGGAGAUGAAGAAGAUGUACGAUCUGAUUGAGACCUACGAGCUCAACGGGCAGUUCCGGUGGAUCUCAUCCCAGAUGAACAGGGUGAGGAACGGGGAGCUGUACCGCUACAUUGCAGACACGAGGGGUGUGUUUGUGCAGCCCGCCUUCUACGAGGCCUUUGGGCUGACAGUGGUGGAGGCCAUGACGUGUGGCCUCCCAACCUUUGCAACCCUGCAUGGAGGUCCGGCUGAGAUCAUUGUACACGGGAAGUCAGGGUUCCACAUUGACCCGUACAACGGGGAGCAGGUGGGAGAGACACUGGUGGGCUUCUUCGACAAGUGCACGAAGGAGCCGGGGCACUGGGAUGCCAUAUCUGAAGGGGGCCUAAAGAGAAUAGAGGAGAAGUACACGUGGCAGAUAUAUUCAAGCAGGCUGCUGACGUUGGCCGGGGUCUACGGGUUCUGGAAAUACGUGUCGAAGCUGGAUAGGCAGGAGAUCAGGCGUUACCUUGAGAUGUUCUAUGCGCUCAAGUAUCGCAAGUUGGCUGAGGCUGUUCCAAGGGCCGUUGAGUAAAUAUGGUGGUGGAGUUUGAUGAAUAAAGGAACACCAUUAAUUCCACAAAGCAAUUUGCAUGUUUUAUGUCAUUGGGCUAUUGACCCUCUAUUCAAACUAUCAUUUUCUGCUUCAUUUUUUCUUGGGUGUGAGCUAUUGAGUUGAACUGUGCAUUUCGACAUUCUUUGGAUGUCAGUAUAUUAAAUAAACUUGUGGUUUUUCUCUACUCUA